CUGUAUCCGUCUUUUCAUCCCAUUUACAGGGAGUAACCAAGAAAACAUUUUGGAGCGACAACUUCCGAUCUGCACUGGAAAACGGAGUUUGGUUGUGUGAUCUGAUCAACAGGAUCAAACCAGGCAUCAUCAAGAGGGUGGACAGACUCUCCACAGCGAUUGCUGGACUGGACAAUGUUAUAGUCUUCCUCAGACUAAAAGAGGCACAGCUCUUUCGCCCAGGAGACCUCCAAGACACAUCCACUAGAGUCGAUGUCAAGUGCUGAUCACCAUAUACUGGCUAGGUAGGAAAGCACAAUGCGAGCCCUUCUAUAAUGGACCUAACUUAAACCCCAAGGCCUUCGAAGGCAUACUGGACAUAGCAGCGCUAUCCAAGGCACUUGAGGAAUCAUCCGGCCAGAGAACCAGCAGCAGCAGAAGAUUUCGAGAAAGAGACAGUGGUUUCAGAGACAGCUGGUAUAGUGGGAGAGAGGAUAUAGUACCUAUACUGAGAGGAGGAGGAUACAGGGUUCUAGACUACACAGCAGAUCCCUGACAACACGCCCAAAGCAGCAGUGAGGGUUCUGGGAGUGACGCGGAGACGGACUCAGUCUUCAGGAUGGCAGCCGACAGUAACAAGGAUUCACUGCACUACCGCCGCUCGCUGGUCAUCGAGCCUAAAACGACCACGCAGUUCAACCAGUUCCUGCCCACCAAGGACAAGCCAGCGGCCUAUGUGCCAGCGCCGCUCCGCAAGAAGCGGGCCGAGCGCCACGAGGACAACCGCCGGAGCUGGGCCAGCCCCAUGUACACGGAGGAAGAUGGCACCUUCACAAGACUGCUCCAAAAGCGCGCAGUUGCUAACGAUGGGAGCAAAUCAAUGACAGACCUUGCAGUGGACCAGGCAGCCCUGAAGCAAGUAUGCUACGAGGAACUACAGAAGAUCAGAGAGGAGGUCAAGGAGAACGACGACCAGUGGCAGGAUGACCUCACCAAGUGGAAGAACCGUCGCAAGAGCGUCAACUCUGAUAUUGUGAAGAAGAAAGAGGAGAGGGAGCAGAUUGAGCAGACCACAGAGAGCGGCGGAGGAGGGAGCGGUGGUUUCCUGAGGUCCAACCGGAGCUCCAUCGGCAGUCGUCUCAACUCCCUCGCCUUCCUGGACCAGGACGUGUUUGAAGACUCCGCUCCGGUCCUCCAAACCCGUACCCUCCCCCCCAGGAGCUACACCAUCGACUAUCCCUACACCCCCGUUGACCGCCCCAGUCCCACACCUCCCUCCUUGCCCGACCUGAGAGAGGAGGACCCCGCCCCCACUGCCACCACGGCAACCAACAGGGCCUACUCACCCUCCAGGGGUGACAUGAGCAACAGUAGUGACCGUCCCUCCGGUUCAGGUAGCGACAUCACAAACAACACUACCACCAUCGGUCGUACCUCCAACUACAACCGCUAUGUUCCAGCCCCCUCGGAGAGAGCCCCGACCCCCUCCGAGAGAGCCCCGACCCCCUCGGAGAGAGCCCCGACCCCCUCGGAGAGAGCCCCGACCCCCUCGGAGAGAGCCCCGACCCCCUCGGAGAGAGCCCCGACCCCCUCGGAGAGAGCCCCGACCCCCUCGGAGAGAGCCCCGACCCCCUCGGAGAGAGCCCCGACCCCCUCGGAGAGAGCCCCGACCCCCUCGGAGAGAGCCCCGACCCCCUCGGAGAGAGCCCCAAGCCCGGCCUUGAGGUACACCAGCGCAGCCAAGAUGGAGGAGACCUCCAGCACCACCACCGUCACCACCCCCAGCUUCCUCGCAAAACUACCCGAGCCCAGGCGCCCGUGGGCGGGCAAGGUGGCUGAAGAAGUGACCACUUCCACUGCUGGUGGUUCUCUGUACAAACUACAACCACUGUACAACUCGGUGGCGAUGGAGCCAAAGCCUAUGCCUCCCAGUGUGUCUCGGGUUUCUGCCUCUCUCCCCAGGAGCUACAUGAAAUCGGAUAGUGCUCGCCUCACCUCCGUCGUCACACCACGGCCUUUCGGGAGCCAGUCCACCUGCGUCGCAUCGCUGCCCCGCACCUACACCAAAAGUGUGAACAGCGAGAUGGAUGUCACCAAGAAGUCGUUGGCCCCCAGCCGCUAUAGCCAGGUCAUGACCUCCGAGGACGAGGCACGUUCCCACUCCAACUCUGCCAACAGCAGUGGAGGAGAGGAAGAGGAGGAGGAAGAAGAAGAAAAGAGAGAGAGGGUAAGGGGAGUGAACCCCACACUGGUACCUACCCUGGCCCCCUCGCCUGUCCCUCCUCAGGCCAGGAGUCCUUUCACUGCACUCCAGCCCCCGAAAGUGGCCUCCUCAGCCCCAGUCAGUCCUGUACCUGCAAAGGACACAAACCAGGAGAGCUACGCUGACAUGCGGAUCAGUCUCAACCAGAAGCCCAACAGCAGUCGAGACUUUGGCUUCCAGACAGAGUGGGACUCCACUGGAGCUCACGUCACCUCCAUCCAACCAGGCAGCCCAGCGGAGCUGUGCCAACUGCAGGUGGGAGACGAGGUGCUGGCGGUGAGCGGGCACAGGGUGGCAGAGAUGAGCUACCGCGAGUGGAAGAGCAGCACAGAGCAGGCCCUGCAGCAGGGCAGCCUCUCCAUGGACAUACGUCGCCACGGCAGGAACAACUGGGACAGAGACCUACCUUCCCUGCCGUGUAAAAGCCAUAAGACCAUCAAUCUGACCAGUAUGAAUCGUCAUCCAACACUUCUAGGUUCCGCCAACACAGCCACGGUUAACUCAACCACCAGCUUGGCUUUCACAUCUCAGGGAUCCAUAGAAACCACCAAGGAAAUCGCCAUCCAACAAAUCAUUGAUGUGGCAUCCAGUGGAGUGAAUGGAGGUUCCCGUGACAAGACGGUGACCAUGAGAAACAAAGAGUCUGUAGAACCCAUAUCUUUGAAAAACUUAAAACGGAGGUCAGAGUUUUUUGAACAAGGAGGAUCAGAUUCUGCGAUACCAGAUAUGCCCGUUCCCUCCAUCGCUCCCUCCUCUAACCACUGGUCCUGGGACCUGGAGGAGGAGCGCCGGAGGCAGGAGAAAUGGCAGAAAGAGCAGGAGAGACUUCUACAGGAAAAAUACAGUCGUGACCAGGAGAAACUGGAUGAGGAGUGGCGUCGGGCCCAGCAGGAUGCUGUGACUGACGGGGGCAGACACCACCAAGAAGAGCCGAGCAGCAAGAGUAUCAACCUACUCUGCCGUCUCCGCCAGCCCAUCCCUCCCUGGGAGGACCAGGAGGAAGAGAGGAGGAGGAGGAGGGAAGAGGAGGAGGCACAGCGAAGACAGGAGGAGGAGAAGAGGAGAAUGGAGGAAGAGCAGCGAUGCCAGGAGGAGAGGAUGAGAACGGAGGAGCGAGAUCUACUGCAUCUUCAGAAGGAGAGGAAGAGGGAGAAGCAAAAGGAGGAGGAAAGGAGACAGAGGAAAGAGGAGGAGCUGAGAUGGCAAAGGAGGAAGGAGGAAGAGAGGGAGGAGGAGAGGAGGCACCAGGAGGCUGCUAAUCAACAACACAUGGAGAAUGCCAGAAUGCAGGAACAGCAGCAAUGGGUGAGGGACUCCCGUGGCUAUGCCAAGGUCCAGCCUGAGAUAUCAAUGGCAGACAGGGCAAAGUCCAAAUCUGCUCCAGAGCUAGACGACGUGGAGAAACCAGAGACUAAAAGCUGGUACAGCCGCUCGGGGGGCAUGGCCCAGAAGUUACUGGAGGAGGAGUUGAGACGUAAAGCAGACAAAAAGGCCCAGAGUCUCCAGGCCGCGUCCGAGCUGGAGUUGGAGAGGAGAAACAUCCUGAAUGCCAUGCGAUACAGAGAGCCAGAAAGAGUGACUAGCAGCGGUGGGCUGGACGAGGCAUCGUGGAGGAAUGGCCAGCGGAGCCUGUCCCAGGCAGAGCUAGAGAGGCAGCAGAUCCUGCAGGAGAUGAAGAAGAAGACCCAACUGACCACAGACAACAGCUGGAUCCGCCAGCAGACUACCACCAGCAAGGACCCCACUGCCAGCCUCAUCAGCAGAGGUGAGUCUCUGGACAACCUGGACACUGCUCACAGCUCUUCUUGGCGCUCAUCGUGGUCAACCUCGUCCAUCCCCAACUACAGCAGGCCUCACUCAGAGCUUUCCGGCCUCAACAUCACAUCCUCCUACGGUGAUGGUGGCUACGGCGGUGGUGGCUACAGCGGCAGCGGGGUCGGUGGUCGUCCCGGCUCAGCCACCCUGCCCUCCUCCCUCUCCAUGAGCUCCCUCAGAGGGGCCGGGGGGAGCAACCCGUCUUCCUGGUCCCAAUGCUCGCCAUCGCCAUCUCCCUCCCCCACUCCUUCUCCUGGCCUCGAACCCGAGUCACGCCAAUCCUCGCAGCAACGCAGCAGGUCAGUGAGUGGCAAGAAAAUCUGUACGUUCUGUGACGCGGCGCUGGGCAAGGGAGCCGCCAUGAUCAUCGAGUCCCUGGGACUCUGUUAUCAUUUGACCUGUUUCAAGUGCAUUGACUGUAAAUCCGACCUGGGAGGAUCGGAGGCCGGAGCUGAGGUCAGAAUACGGAACCGACAGCUCUACUGUAACUCCUGCUACAAGCGAUUCAAAGCUGGACAGCCAACCUCCAUGUGACAUCGCUGUACUACAGCAGAUUGAGGAAGAGACCAUUCUUGACAACAACCCAUGAACACUGCAAUCACGACAACAAGCCGUAACACUUUACUAGAUGACAACUUAAGAUGUAUUAAUGUGUAUUAUGAUUCUGCAAAAAGCCCUUUUUCUUCAAUGAACUACUAUCUUAUUAUUUCUUAUUACUGUAUCCAUGAGAGGGUGAGAUUGAGAAAAAAAGUUAACAUGGUUUUUUUCAAAGUAUUAUUAUUAUUAUCGAUUGCUUGUACACAUUUUGAGGGAUGUGCAUGCACCUGCAGGUUUGAGAGUUUUACCUGGAAAUAGGGUUGGAAAAUUCUGAAAACUAUCCAAAAGUUCCCAGGUUUUUCAGAAAUCCCAGAUGGAGGGUUUGGGGAAUUUUGCAACCCUAGCUGGAAACAAUACUGGAAAUUGAUGUUGGUGUUGUCCAUAAGGUUAUUGAUCCUGAUUACUUCAUAUUUCAGAAACUUAAGAGUUUCGUGCUAGGCUGAGGGAAGCCUGCGUUUUCUUCUCCUUUGGGGUUCCAUUUCACCUGUGCCUUUUUUGUUUGUGAUGGUGGGAAGAUUAUUUAGAUUAAAUGGAUUCAAAAGAUAUUAAAAAACUGGCAUGGUUGGUUAGAGAGAGUGAGCAAUUAAUGGGGAGUUGUUGUUCUUUCUCAUUAAUAGAGUGAAUCUUAUACAUUUGAGAUGUUAAGAUAAUUUUUGCCAGAGAAAAAAUAUAUAAUAUAUGGGAUUGAGGCAAAUGUUGUUCAAUAACAUUUGUAAAUAAAAAUUGUGAUCCAGA